AUGGAGAAAGAGGAUGAGGAGCUGUGCAAAUGGAUUCAGCUAAACUCGCAGUCAAAAGUGACAGGAAACUUCUUGACAACGUUACGGAAACUGGCGAAAAGUUGUGAGGGUGAUGCAGAUGCAUUCAUUGCAGGAUGCAAAGCUUUGGGGAAAUUCAACCAAAGUGAGGAUUUCUUGCCUAGAUUGUUUGUCAAGAUUAAAGGAACAACUAAUAACGCCUUGUCUACUGCGAGAAAACCAAUGAAGGUCAGUUCAAGUCGAUUUCGGUCCGUUCUGCCGUUGGGUACCGAUGACGAAAGCGAUGAGGAGAUGGUCGUGAAGCCUAUUCGUGGGCUCCCACAGCUGAAAGAGGUUUCAUUCAAGAGAAUCGAGAGAAAAGAAGCCAACAGACUUAAGAGCUAUGCUGAGCCGGAGCAACCUCAAAAGGCACCAAAAGAGAUACACAGUCCCACGAAAAAUGUGGUAGAGGUUCCAAAACUGCAGACAUACCUUGAUGAGAGCAGUUAUCAUGACAGAGAUCCCGUCCUCAGCGGAGACCACUCAGAAAGCGCUGAAGAAAGUGAUUACUUGUCUUCUGGCUCGCAAGUUUUGGUUGAAGAACGCGAAUGGUACAACAAUGAUGACGACUACGGCAACCCGGUGCCUGACGAAAUUGGGCCAGGUCAGGAGCUCGAUUUCAAGGGUACGAAUCGCCGCUCAGAUAGAUAUGUUCAUCGAACAGACGACAUACUUGACGCCAGCAUUCAGCUUUAUCCCCUUCCAUUGGCCGAGCGGAAACAACUUAUUCCACAGUUCUUGCGACGCUAUGGCGUGAUGCAUGGCAUCAGCGAGUCUGUCAUUGUGGGAUCUUUGCUGGAAAGUAGCCAGCAAGGAAUCGUGAGUCCAUUCCAAAAUCCUGAGAGUACUUUCUCGAUUAACGCUAGGAGAGGCAGUCGCCUUGUUGCACUAAAAAGGCUACAGAAGGAUCAAAAGGAUAAAGCCAGAGAGACAGCGCAGAUCGCAGGUACUGUUUUAGGUGACGUUUUGGGCGUUAGAGAUAAACAGACUCUCUCUAGCCAAGAGCAUGAAAGCUUCAAGGACAAGUCAGCAAGUAGAGAAGAGAUUGAUAAAAUAAGGAAAUCCUUACCAGCGUACACGGUGAAAGCAAAGUUGGUACAGACAAUACAAGAAAACCAGGUUACUAUCGUCAUCGGUGAAACUGGCUCAGGAAAGACUACGCAACUCCCACAGUAUUUGUUCGAUGGCGGCUUUUGUUCUGGGGGUAAACUCAUCGCUUGUACUCAGCCUCGUAGAGUGGCUGCUAUGUCUGUUGCCAAAAGAGUGGCAUCCGAGAUGGGAGUGAAAUUGGGGGAGGAAGUUGGAUAUUCCAUAAGAUUCGAGGACGAAACUUCCGAUAAAACUCUAAUCAAGUUCAUGACGGACGGUAUAUUACUGAGAGAAGCCCUACUUGAUCCAACGCUUGAUCGGUACGGCUGUAUCAUAAUUGAUGAAGCCCAUGAAAGAUCGCUGAACACAGAGGUCAUGCUUGGGCUACUGAAAAGACUUUUAGCCCGGAGGCGAGAUUUGAAGGUGGUUGUGACUUCUGCUACUAUGAAUGCCGCUAAAUUUGCCAACUUUUUCGGGAAUGCUCCACAGUUUGAUAUUCCUGGUAGAACUUUUCCCGUUCAAUUGAUAUAUUCAAAAUACCCUGUGGAAGAUUACGUAGAAGCUGCGGUAAUGCAAGCUGUGCGUAUACACGCUUCAACAGAAACGAAUAGCGGUGAUAUUCUAAUCUUUAUGACGGGUCAAGAGGACGUCGAAGUCACAGCAGAGGUCAUCAGGGAGAGGCUAACUGACAUAUAUGCUAAAAGCAAGGGCAUCGCGAGAUUUGAGGAGAUAGACGACGUAAAGAUCUUCACAGUGUACUCAGCAUUACCUGGAGAUAUUCAAAAUGAGAUAUUCCACAGCUUGUCCGGUAACAAAAGAAAGAUAGUAGUAGCUACAAAUAUUGCGGAGACUUCAUUGACAAUCGAUGGAGUCAGGCACGUAAUCGACUGUGGCUACUCGAAGCUCAAAGUUUAUAAUCCUCGAAUUGGGUUAGAUAGCCUGGUUGUCUCACCGAUAUCCUUGGCGAAUGCGAACCAGCGGUCCGGAAGAGCUGGCCGUACAGCCCCAGGCACCGCUUACAGGUUGUACACAGAGGAAACUGCUUUUGAGGACAUGUAUGCUCAGGCCAUUCCAGAAAUUCAAAGAACGAAUUUAUCAAACACAGUUUUGCUGCUGAAAUCACUCGGUGUUGACGAAGUUACCAAGUUUCCCUUUGUUGAUCCACCUCCCAUUCAGACCCUUUUGAGCUCUCUGAAUGAAUUAUUCUUCAUCGGUGCUCUAGACAAAGGUGGCAACUUAACUACUCUCGGUAGUGAAAUGGCAAAGUUUCCUCUACAGCCUUCAUUGUGCAAGAUUUUAUUGUCAUCCGCUCAAAAUGGUUGCAGUCAAGAAAUGGUGACUAUUGUCUCUAUGCUAUCUGUCCCUCAAAUAUUUUAUCGACCAAAAGAGAGGCAGAAAGAGUCGGAUGCUGCUCGCAGCAGAUUUUUUGUGCCGGAGUCUGACCAUUUGACGCUCUUGAAUGUAUAUUCGCAGUGGAAAAGCAGCCGCUAUUCUCAUAGAUGGUGUAGCAAGCACUUCAUAAACUUCAAGUCACUACAGAGGGCGAGAGAGAUACGCAGACAAUUGGUCAAAAUCAUGCAGAAGAACCACAUAACUCUGAUUUCCACUGGUACGGAUUGGCACACCAUAAGAAAAUGCAUUUGUUCUGGAUAUGCUCAUCAAGCCGCCAAGGUUGCGGGAUUGGGUAAGUAUACUAGUUUGCGAACAGGUAUGGAAUUGCAAUUACAUCCCACCAGUGCGCUCUAUGGUUUAGGAGAUUUACCCCCAUAUGUGGUGUAUCAUGAACUUUUGAUGACAACCAAAGAAUAUAUCUGCUGCGUUACCUCGGUCGAUCCCUUUUGGUUAAUGGAAUAUGGGACGCUUUUAUAUGACAUAAAGAAGGUCAAUAUCGCUGAUAUAGUACGACAUCCUAUUGAGUAUAACAUUUGUGAAGAAGAUGCCAAGGAUCAAGAGAAGGAUAAUGAAAUUGACCGCAAAUUACAGGCUCUGCGGGAUGCCAAAGAUCUCAUGAUUCGCGAGUUGAACGUUGAUAUCGCAGAGCCUGACGGGACCCCUGUGAAUAUCCAGAAAAAGAAGCGUACUAAUUCUGUACAAGUAGGUUUCAAGAGAAGACGACCCUUUCCAUAA